AACCCUCAGUACUGACUGACGACGGGACCAUCCAACUGUGUUUACAAACACAGACAGCAGACGAUGAGGGUUUAUAUCUUGUUUUAGCUCUAGUCACUCUUGACCAAAGUGAUUGAUUAUAGUAUUCACUUAUGCAAUGGCACAACUACCCGUUAAAAGAGAUGACAUAACGUGUAAAAAUAUUCAGAGCCCGGAUGGUGAAAUAUGUGUACAAACUCGUUCUUCAAAAGAUAAUAAUCAAUCUGUGACUCACUGUACCAAGACGUUCACAGACUCGAGGGUCUUAAACAAUGAUCAGUGUGAACCUCUACAGUGUAUUAUUAUUCCAGAGAAUCAGAUACACACUAGACAUAACCUGUCUGAUCUUAGUGAGGCUGAUAGGGACCCUCUCAGUUUAGAGCCUUCUAUAAUCUCUGAAAGUGUUUGUGAGGGUGAAAAGGAGAAUGAGGCAAAUUCAAUAGUUACAACAGAAAAAGACAAAGUGUGUGAUGAUCUCAGUAACAAAUUGAAAGUUGUUAUCAAUUUAGAAGGAUUAAAAGAGGCUGGAGGUCUGCUGUAUAUAGGAUGUAAAGGUGACACUGACAAAACCAAUCCAUCUAAAAUUGCUGAGUGGUUUACUGCAGAGUUCUUAAAUCUGCAUAGAGUUUAUGCCAUUAAAGAAGAGGAGCCUUUUCUUCUUAGGGUAUUUACACGCAAUCAUGAAUCAACAAAUCGUGGCAUCAGGAAGAAAGGAGGACGAAAAGUAAUGUUGAUGGGUCAAGAAGUAUUUGGUGAUGUGUUACUUGCUUGUGGUCACUGUGGUUACUGGUCACACGAGGGCAGUAAUGUUCGGAAACACCUCAAGAAAUCUGUGUGUCUUAAGGAGAAAGGAUACUCAAAAGAGGAUUUAGCGGGACUGGAUAGAACAGAAAGAAGGAAAUUUCUUAGAAGGGUGGCAGCAGCAAAAUGUCGUGCUAAGAAGAGAGCAAGAGGUACCGUAUGUAUUACUGCUGGUGAAGCUACAUCAGAAGUGAAUGUAUCAAGUGGGAAUGAGCCAAAAGUUGGCACCAACACUUACACACCAUAUUCUCUAUCUCUGGGAAUGUGUUCGGAUGCUUAUGCAGAAUGCCUUGUGGAAAUUCAAGAAACGUCUUGUGGAACAGGGGCCAAUAGAACUGGCACAGAAGCUCCUCCAAAUGCUUCUAAUACACCUGUUGUUACUGGGUUGACACAACAGAAAAUAAAGAGAAAACCUCUUACCCUUGGACCUGCUGUGGAGCAUGAGGUGGUUCAGAGAGUUUCCUAUGACAUCUUUACAGUUAAUGAUAAAAAUGAAAGAGUUGCUUGGAAACCUCAAAUAUGUCAUAAGACUUCUUCCGGAGACCAAAGCUGUCAAAUAGUUUUCAAGGGAGCCCGAAUGCCUGUGUAUGGACUUACCAGUUCCCUUGUUUCUGAAAUAUCGCAAGCUGGUUUGUAAAACUCAUCACUGUAACUUUACACUUUUUCAUCCGAAUGCCAGGGCUUCAUUUAGAAAUGAUUCUACUGCAAAAGCAUCUGUCAACAUUGUGUAUGGAGGUAUGUGGCUUAGGUUGAUGUUAAUCAGUUGUGUUUUAGUUGCUUAAGCCAAACAGUGUAGAAGAAUGACAUGCAUCCCAACAUCCCACGUUCUCCUCACACUUUGUUAAUAAACACUUACACAGGAAAGUCCUCUUGUCUGCUCUUGCUGGAUCUCUCAAGCUUUUGACACCCGGUGGAUCAUCAUCUUUUGUUUCAAAAUCUUUGGGGUCCGUGAUAAUGCACUCUCACUGCUUGAGUCUUAUUUGUAAGAGCGAUCUCAGUGUGUGAUAGUUGGUGGAACCAUUUCAGACCUGGUUCCUUUGCAGUUUGGAGUCCCACAGGGCAGUUUUGGGACCACUUCUGUUUAUAGUCUAUACCAGUAGUCUUGCAUCUCUGCUGGAUGAUCAUGAUGUUGCCUACCAUUUCUGUGCCGAUGAUACACAGCUUUAUGUGAAAAUAAUUUUUUUAGGAUAUUAAGGAGAUGAUGGAAACUUGAUGUAUGAUACUAUGAUUUGGAUGGCAAAGAGAAAAGUUAAGUUGCAUGAUGGCCAAACCAAGAUUAUCCUCAUCCAAGGAAAUUGGAGAGAAGACAGUACAUUUGAUUUUGGCUCUUCAAAAUUUGGGGACUAUAAAUAAAAAUCUAUAUGCUGUUAAACAGUUUUUGGAUAGACAGUAUCUUAUGACACUACUGUAUUACAUUCACUUAUUUUGUCUCAGGUUGAGUGUUGUAUCUCUUUAUGGGGCUUCAGUAACUAAGGCAUUAUAUCACCCUAGUUGGCUGUUGUUAACAGGAACUGGAUGGCAGAGGGUGUUAAGCAAGAAAUAGAGAAUGGAUCUUGAACUCCUACUUUCUAGUGAAGCAAUGGGAAUCCCUGUUGGUAACUGCUGUCAUGGUGUAAUGUAUGUAAUGGCUGGGUAUACAUAGCUGACUUCAUCCGACCAUAUCUAAUAUGGGACAUGUCUGAAAAGGGAGAUAUAGAUAUAGUAGAACUUCUUAAGUUUGUACACCCUUGGGACCAACUGAAUGGUGAAUGUAAUAAUUUUGUGAGCUAAUGAGUGACUUAUAACUUGGAUGCAGUGGACCUAGCGACCAUGAACUCAAAAUACAGUACAGUGUAUCAGGAAUGUGCAAAAAUUAUAUGAACCUAAAGGUUAUAAAUACAAAAUAAUAUGUACUGUACAGUCAGGUUCAAAAGUUCAUAUGAAGCAGCAUCAACUCCAAAUGAGAUAAAGCAACACACCCACACCAGAUGACAGUCAGGGUAUGUAAGUUUGGAGACUCAUUCCCGUGACACAGUUUCACUGCUUCACACGAACUUUUGACACUGACAGUAUAUAAAACACCAAAGUUACAACAGGGAGGAAUGAGGGCUCAUUAGAUAAGCCUCCCGCUGCCAGUUAGGGAAUAGUCUACUGUUUUAGAUCCCACCAAAAUGGCUUGUGCAUUAAUAGAAACUGUCUGGUUGUGUGUGCAUAUAACUGGAUUUUAGUAUCAAUCCUACAUUUUUCUCUCCACAGAUAUUGUUAUGACUCAGGAGUUCUACCACUACUUUGUUUCCCUUUUGUCUAUUAUGAAGAUGAAGUCCAUCUCAGACAGCAAGACACUUGACAAGUGUCUGGGAAACUAUAAUUAGCUUAAAGAUUGGGAGCCACUACCAUUCCUGAAGAAUACCGGAAAGUUAUAACACUCUCCAAGCAAACUGUGAAGUCAAUCUGGGCAAGUAUAGAAGAUGAGGCUGGAAGCAGAGGAGGACUGAGGCUGUUAAAGGGACCUAGACGGAAGAAAAAGUCACCAGCUCCUUCAGUUGCUUCCAUCAUUCCUCCAUCCAGUGUAGCUCCCAUGAACCACCAAGCUCCUGUUGCUGUAGCUUCUUGUGGCAUUUCAGCAGUACAAGUGCCUCAACCUGGGAUGCAACACCAUUGCAUGAAACAUCUAAAUCAUAUCACUCAAAAACCCCCUCCUCCUCCACCACCUCCCAAAUCUCACAUGAUGCCUCCUCCUCCUGCAUCUCAUGACCCCAUAUCCAAUGGCUCCUCCCCCUGCUGCUGAAUACUACCCUAUGCCAGGGCACUUCAUGGCUCAGUACACACCAGCAACCAUGGGUGCCUCACCUUAGAAAUGAGUAAGGUUUGGUCAUGAAGAAUAUUCUUGUAUAAAUCUUUUAAAUUGAUAAAAUAUGUGUUCAUACAAUCUCCUGCACUUCCAACUGGUGCAGUCAGCAUUGUUGAUACUCAAUUUCUGUGCAGUGUGAACCCUAGGAGUAUCAACGUGUGGAUUCAAAGCAUUAACGAGUGUGUGUGUGAACAACUUUAUACAGUACUUUUCAAGAAUAAACUGAUAAACAAGUUUAAUGAUGCAGGUACAGGUAUUUGUAUUAUUUUUUUCGUCUACUGACAUAUGAAUUAAAAUAAUAGACACAACCACCAAUUGGUAGACUUAAUACCUUGUUUAUAAAACCCGACCACUAAUUUUAAUCGCACCAUGAACGAAACCCCAAAUUUGGUCUCGAAUAUUUAAUAAAUUUCCUAUAUGAUUUUGUCAAAUUGCCAGUAAAUAAAAAUUAUUAAAAUAAAUGGAUUAAUAAUA